ACUGGAGAGGCAGAGAGGAGUGACAGCAGAGGCAGAGGGGUGGUGGGCUGGCCCAUGGCUGAGGCCUCGCUCCCGGAGCUGGGGAGAGACACCAAAGCUGCACCUUGCUCCAGUGUCCUGGAGCUGGAGGAGCUCUUGAGGGAGGGGAAGGUCUCUUGCAGCCGAGUGGACGAAGUCUGGCCCAACCUUUUCAUAGGAGAUGCAAACAGCAUCAAGUGUGCAGAGACAGGCGGCUGGAAACCAGCAGCACAAACUGCCCGCCAGAGAAGACCACGGCCUGGGUCAGACUCCCCCACAGGAUGGACUCAGUGCAGAAGCAGGACCUCCGGAGGCCCAAGAUCCACGGGGCAGCCCGGGUGGCCCCCUACCAGCCGCCCACUCUGGCCUCACUGCAGCGUUUGCUGUGGGCCCACCGGGCUGCCACACUGACCCACAUCAAUGAGGUCUGGCCCAACCUCUUCCUGGGAGAUGCCUACGCAGCCCGGGACAAGAACAAGCUGAUCCAGCUGGGCAUCACCCACAUCGUGAAUGCUGCUGCAGGCAAGUUUCAAGUGGACACAGGUGUCAAGUUCUACCGUGGAAUGCCCUUGGAGUACUAUGGCAUCGAGGCUGAUGACAACCCCUUCUUUGACCUCAGUGUCUACUUUUUGCCUGUUGCUCGAUACAUCCGAACAGCCCUCAGUGUUCCCCAAGGCCGCGUGCUGGUACACUGUGCCAUGGGGGUUAGCCGCUCUGCCACACUUGUCCUGGCCUUCCUCAUGAUCUGCGAGAACAUGACAUUGGUGGAAGCCAUCAAGGUAGUGCAGGCCCACCGUGAUAUCUGCCCCAACUCAGGCUUCCUACAGCAGCUCCAGGUUCUGGACAAUCGACUGGGGCGGGAAACGGGGAGGCUCUGACCUGACAGGCAGCCAGGAGCCCUGACCCUCUGGCCCGCACGGCCCAACCCAACCAGCCUGGCCCUGGGGACAGCAGCCUCCAUUGUUUCCAGUGAUCCUGAGAUGUAAAUAGCAAAGUGGGGACUUUGAGGAGGCAGAAGUAGAGAUAGCUAGGUGGUGACUUUUAGCUGAUGGAUUUCCCUGACCCAAUCCAGAGAUUCUUUAUGCAAAAGAGAGUUCAGUCUGUCUCUAUAAUAAAAGGUUCAUCGUAAUAAAGACA